AUGCUGGGCCCUGAUGAGUCGCCGGCUAACCCGCAAUGCUCCAAUCCAGCCAAGGGCGUGUGCUUGAUUGAGAAGGUUUUGCACUGGCCCUCUGGAGAUCUUUCUCAAUUCUGCUCGUUCUUCUUCUUCUUCGUAGACUUUUCUUUUUCUUUUUCCUCUUUUCCUGCUUCUCAGCUUUCCCUUUUGUUAAGCGCUUUCCCCUUCACAUAUCGGCUACAGGAUAGUCAGUCCCUUCUUUCCCUUCCAACCCUACUACUUUUUGGGUACCUAUCCCACGCCCCCCAAUCGAUUUGGCUCGCUUCUGCCUCGCUGUUGGUCGAUUGUUGGCUGUUGGUACCGAUUUUUAUUUUUUUGUUCAUUCUUUAA